AUGGGUGGAUCUGUUUCUAGUCUAUCGAGACGAUCAUCGGUGUCACAGAAAGACAUUCAAGCCAUUCAGGAAGCUUUGCAGAAACAACAAAAAAUCUCAUCGCAAGUGGUUUUGGCGUUAUUAGUGCUCAUUCCUCCAUCUACAUUUGUCUAUUUCUAUUCAAUAUCAUUACACAACGGCGAAUUUUUAUCGACAUUAAAACCUCUAUUUUAUCAAUACCCAUUCAUAUUCCGCUGCAUUCCUCCAAUAUUUGAUCUAACCGCUUGGAAAUUUACAAUAAUUCAUUGUGCCAUGCAGCUCAUUCUUUAUUGGGGUCUACCCCACGAUAAGGCUAUUGUUUUAUCAUCCGAAGGCGAAGAAAUUCGAGACAUCAACAGUUUCUUCUCAUGUAUUCUAACAUGUCUGUUAUACAUUCUCGGAGUCAGUGCAGGCUUCUACAGGGGUGAUGUGCUUUACGAGCAUUUCAAUUCAAUUAUUUUGAUAUUUGCUAUGUUUUCUCUAUUAAUUCUCACUUAUUUAAUCCUAAUUUAUCAUUUUGGCAAUGAUUACGAAAUAACAACAGCAAAUGAGCUAUAUUUUGGUAUCGAAAGACAUCCGAAAUUCCUCGACAUUGAUCUCAAAUACUUUAUAAGAACCAGAUUUACUUUUGUCAUUUGGCCACUUUAUAUCAUUUCCGCAUUAUAUUCUCAGAAAAUUCUUUAUGGAAAGAUCUCAAACAGUUUGCUAUGUUUAUCCAGUCUUCAAUUAUUUUAUAUAGCAAAAUUUCAUUGGAGUGAAGAUUUGUAUUUGAAUUCGCUCGAUUCAAAGCAUUCAAACUGCGGAUUUUAUCGACUCUGGACCGAUCUGGUGUGGCAUCCUAUUUUAUACACUACUCCAGUGACUGUUCUGUCGAGAUCAAAUAGAUCACUUCGGACCAUUUCAAAUCUCAUUUUUUCUAUUUUAAGCAUAAUUCUUAUAGCUUUAACCGAGAGAAUAGACAGACAAAAAUACGAAUUCAGGAAAUGCAAAGGAGAUAUGAAAAUCAAAGGGUUUGACUCAUUUUUCAUCACAGCCAAAUACAAAACAGAUUCAGGAGACGCAAAAGCAAAUCUUCUAUUGGGAAGCGGAUAUUGGUCGUUGUCACGUCACCCCAAUUACGUAUCGGAAGCAGCAACUUUUCUGAUAUUCACAGCAUUUCAAGGAUUUCCUUCAAUUUGUGCAUAUACGCCGGCAUUCUUUAUCACCGGAUUUCUGAUAGCACGCGCGAUUACUGACGAGAAUCGAUGUAUGGCAAAGUAUGGUCAAAACUGGAUACAAUAUUGUUCAAAAGUAAAAUAUAGAUUUUUACCUGGCGUUUAUUAA